CUUCAUCUUCAAGAUUCGCUUCCCUUUUCUACAUUCAAUCCCCUAUUUCAUAGUAACCCAAUUAAAUUUGAUAAAAACCCAACUUCAUACAAUCAAAAACCCACCUUGGAUUUUCCAGAAACUUCAUAAAGUUUUGAUCUUUGGUUCUGAAGAAACCCCAAUUUUGAUCCACCAUGCUUCACAGGAGCUUCAAGCCCGCCAAAUGCAAAACGGCGCUGAAGCUUGCCGUUUCGAGAAUAAAGCUGUUGAAGAAUAAGAAAGAUGCCCAGGUGAAGCAGAUAAAGAAGGAAUUGGCUCAAAUGAUGGAGAGUGGUCAGUACAGGACUGCUAGGAUUCGGGUUGAACAUGUGGUGAGGGAAGAGAAGUUGAGGGCAGCUUAUGAACUUGUUGAAAUUUAUUGCGAGCUUAUUGCAGCACGAUUGUCGAUGGUUGAGGCGCAGAAAAACUGCCCAAUUGAUCUGAAGGAAGCAGUAUCAAGUGUAAUGUUUGCAUCUCCUAGAUGUUCGGAUGUACCAGAACUUAUGGAUAUCCGCAAACAUUUUACAGCAAAAUAUGGAAAGGAGUUUGUCUCUGCAGCUGUUGAACUUCGCCCGGAUAGUGGUGUAAGCCGCAUGUUAAUAGAAAAAUUAUCUACGAAAUCACCUGAUGGCCCUACCAAGAUGAAGAUUUUGGCUGCAAUUGCAGAGGAACAUAAUGUCAAAUGGGAUCCCGAGGCAUUCGAAGAGAAGCCUCCUGAGGAUCUUCUGAAUGGACCAAAUACUUUUGGCAUGGCCGCUCUGGAUUCUGCCCCACCUCCACCUUCUCAUGAUGUCAGGGUACCUCCUAAUUUUCAAAUUCCACCUAGUAGCAUGGCCAGUAAAGCUCAUGUGGAACCUCCCCCUGAUUAUCAAUCCCCUAAUGCUCAAGUUCCACGCAGAAAAUAUGAGUAUCAUGAUGGAUCCAUGAACUCAAAUGAGCAGAAUGCAAGAUCAUCACCCCGCGUGGAGGAUUCUGCUUCUACAAAUAUUUCUGCCAACAAAGCAACCACAUCUGCAGAAUUUCAUCCAGAAACGACAUCUUCAGGAAACAGAAGUGAUAGAAUGGAAAUGCAUGCAUUUCCUGGGGAUGAUAAUUCUUCAGGCAGGCAGAACUGGAAUAUGCAAUUCAAGGAUGCCGCCUCAGCAGCACAGGCAGCUGCUGAAGCAGCAGAACGAGCAGGCAUGGCAGCCAGAGCAGCUGCAGAACUGUCGAGGCAAUAUUCAUCUGAAAUGCGCAAUAGAAGUAACCAGUCAGCCUAUGUGCCAACUAAUACAAGUGCCAAUAAUAAUGAUCAUUUGGUGAAUAAUCUCCAGACAGCAGAUCAAUAUCCUCAAAAGAAGUCACCUGAACAUCAAAGACAUGACAGUUUAGAUAAGGUGAGCAAGAAGAGAGAAUCUGGUUAUUCUCAGGAUACGCUUGCGAGUGAUAUGCAAGCAACUGUCGAACCUGACAAUAUUCCCUACUUUGGAAAUUUAAGAUCUGAAAAGAAACCUAGCAAGAGUUCCUCCCUAUCUGGUUCAAGCAUUGGUAGUGGUCAUCAGGAAGAUGUUUUGAAAGAGGAUGAUAAUUUCAAUUAUUUUGCAGAUCUGGGUACUGGAAAACAAUCUAUCAGGUCUCCCUCUCCUCCUCAUCCAGGGCAAUUUACUGAAAUUAGUAACACUCAUGGUAAUUUUUCAAGUGUUUCUGGUGAGGUUCCUUUUGUUAGUGCUGUUAACAGCCAUCAAAGCACAAUUGGAAUGACUUCUGAGGGAAAUUCUUCUCUGGUUUUUGAUGAUUCUGGUUCAGAUGAUGAUAAAUAUAAGGGACAAGAAUCAAGUUUGUUUUUUGCUUCUCCUGCUAGAAACUCCUUUCCUUCAGCUAGUUUAGAUCCUUGGAGUUUCGAGCCAAAGACAGAUGAAGUACCAUUCAAGAGCGUUUCACCAUUACGUUCUUCACCAGUGCAGCACUCCGUCCCCAUCUUUUCUGAAGGUUUGGCAGGUACUGCAGUCUCUUCAGAACCAAAUGACUUUAUGCCUGUUGCUUUUGAUGCUUCAGAUGGCCCAAGUUCAGACAGUGAGGAGGAGCUAGACAUGUCUAAGCUUGUCCCGAGCAGAGAUUCUAAAUUUUCACAUGAGAAGACUGUUCAGUCCUUAAAUUCAGGGAAGAGCCAGAGUGCUAUCCAUAGGUCAUUAGCAUCUUCAUCCUAUGAUGAAAUACAUCCUGAAAGAAGCCAGAGAAUGGAAUAUAGUGUUUUCUCAGAUAAAGGGUUUGAUGAUAAUGAAUUUCUUGGUAGUGAACCAUCUCCAAGACAGAAAAAAUCUGGAUUAGAUACUAAUGCCAAGGAACAUUUACCUCAAACAUUGAAAGACAGUGAGGAAUGUAGUUGUGUAAGUGAUACUGACAGUGACUUAUUGGCCUUUGGGGUCUUGAAAGGUGGCCUCAGGAACAAGGGUUUUAGGCAUCCACCAUAUAAUCGGAUUUUAUCAGGCAAUGCUUUUUCGGGAAAACAAGAUACUCGAGAUACUCCACGGGUCAGGGCUUCGGUUGUUGCUAAUAUGUCUGGUGAAGAGCCACAUAGCCGGAAAGGGAGCACUAAGCUAGAUAAAGAAAAAAGCACGAAAACCCCCAUCACAUAUGUUGCUCCUGAUGAUGAUUCUUCAGAGGAUGAACUCUCACAUGAAACUCUAAGUAGUAGUCGCCAAGACCUGUACAAUCAGAAGUUGGUCUCUCCAGUAGUACUUGAUGAUUCUUCAGAGGAUGAACUCUCACAUGUAACUCUUGGCAGUAAUGGCCAAGACCUGUACCAUCAGAAAUCAGUCUCCCAAGAAAAGACAAGCUCAAGUUCUGCAUUUUUCUUAAAUUCAGAUGAUAGUGAGGCUGAGGAAGAUAUUCCUAGAAAAGUUUCCACCACCAACGCUCGUCCAAGUUCAAAACUUUCUAGAAGGACACAGUCCUCUUCUUCAAGUUCUGUUAGAAGUUCUAGCUCAAGGACAACAGUUGUACCUGAUGCAUCAAGGACUAAAGAUUACGGAAAAUCUUCUUCUAGAAGUUCUAAUGCCACUGAAACUGUACAGGAGCCCUCAGGAAGUCAGGAAUGGCUGAGACCUAUAGAACAACCAACUUCAUAUUCAAUUCCAGAAUCCAAGAAGACUGGGUCACCAGUCUAUCAGAAUUCCUCCUCAAGAAGUUAUAGUGCCACCGAAACUCCUAGUGCCUCAUCUCAGUUCAGGAGCUCAGAACGUUUGGCAAGUCAGGAGUGGCGCAGACCAGUAGAACAAGCAGCUCCUAAGCCGAAAGUGGAAUCUAAGAGGUCCUCACGUGUAGAGACUUCAAAGUCGUUUGCAAGGGAGGAAUCAUCCAAUACGCCUCCAGUAGAUGUGAGAUCAGAGAGAAUUGAAACUACUGAAUCUUCAAGGCCCCCAGGAUCAAAGUCGUUUGGAAGAGAACAAUCAUCUAAUUCUCUUAAGAUAAAAAGAUCAGAAAGCAGCGAAAGUUCCAAGUCCUCGGGUUUCAAGUCAUUUGCUAGAGACCAAGCAUCCAAUCUGCCUGCAAAGGUGGUAAAACCAGAGAGAACUGAACCUUCAAAGUUCUCUCCUCCAAAGUCAUUCACAAGGGAGCAAACUUCUAACCCUGCUCCAAAGAUUGUAAGAUCAGAAAGCUCUGAAACUUCAAAGUCCUCCUCUUCAGUGGGAAAGGCUUCUCAUGUCCACCCGAAGCUUCCCGACUCUGAUGACUUGUUUGCCAAGUUUGCAGCCCUCAAGCAGAAUCGUCAAUAAACCAAUUUAUUUGCACAUACCAAUAUAGGAUUCUUUGUAUGUGAGUAUUAGAUUCUUUCAUCUACUUGAAUUUUUGUCCAAUGUCAAGUACAUCGAUUGAAACAUGUCGCAUUGUCACUGUGA